UAUAGAAAAAGAAACAAAAAAUGGUUUCGAGAUUUGUGGUUUAAGUGGCAUUGAAACUUAUCGCUUUCUUCCCCGUGACAUCAUUGUCGAGGUUUAUUGCUCUUUAUUGUGGUCCUUUGGGACUAUUUAAAGCUCUCUUAUCACAGUCUCAGUUUCUAUACACUUUGUGUAUUCAAAGACCCAAAAUACUCCCUCUUAUAUUCGUCCCCCUCUCUUUUUUUCUUCUUAAUCUUUUCUUUUCAACUUUAAACCUUAUCAAAUCAUAAAGGCUAUAUACCUACUUGCCACAUAGCUCAUUUCUCAAUUUCUUAAACUAUUCUACAAUCCAGUCAGAGUAUAUAAACAAACAACUUAAGAGUUGUUUUGCUACAUUGUUGAAUAUGUCAAACAGAAGAUCAAGGCAGUCUUCAAGUGCUCCCAGGAUCUCCGAUGAUCAAAUCAUCGACCUUGUAACUAAGCUCCGUCAGAUUUUACCGGAGAUUGGCCAACGUCGUCGUUCCGAUAAGGUCUCAGCCUCCAAAGUUUUGCAAGAGACAUGCAACUACAUACGAAACUUGAACAGAGAAGUUGACAACCUCAGCGAGCGUUUGGCUCAGCUUCUCGAAUCCGUCGAUGAAGAUAGCCCUCAAGCGGCCGUCAUUAGAAGUCUACUCAUGUAAUCUGUUAUUAUUUUCCAUAAAAUAUAUGUAAGCUAAUCUUCCUUUAUUUCAUGAACUUUUAUAAAGAAAUGAGAUUGAUCUU